CUCGUUCAAGCGUCGGUGACUCGGGGCGACUCGGUCCUAGUUUAGGCACGAGUUAAUUUUCAACUAGAUAGCCGAGAGAACUCUCUCUCUCUCGCGCGCGCUCUCUCUCUCUAUAUAUGUAUAUAUUGACGUACAUGGAGGCCUAAGCCAACUGCCUCUGCAAAUUUGAGAGAGAGAGAGAGAAUGGGGUAUUCGAGCGAUUCAGUGUCAGUGGAUAUGGAGGGGAUCUCUUUUGGCGGAAAGGAGCAUCGAAUACAAACUUGCCAUGGUUCUGUGUCUGUUGCAGUGUAUGGAUACCCGGACAAGCCAGCUCUUGUCACUUAUCCAGAUUUAGCUCUAAAUUAUGUGUCCUGUUUUCAAGGAUUAUUCUCUUGUCCAGAAGCAUAUUCCUUACUGCUCCACAAUUUUUGCAUAUAUCAUAUUAGUCCUCCGGGGCAUGAGUUGGGAGCUGCUGAAAUUAGCCCAGAUAAGUCUCUGCUUUCCGUUGAUGAUUUAGCAGAUCAGAUUGCCGAGGUUCUCGACUUCUUUGGACUUGGUGCUGUGAUGUGUUUGGGGGUUACAUCUGGAGCAUAUGUCCUUACCCUGUUUGCUAUGAAAUACAGAAAACGUGUUCUUGGACUGAUACUUGUCUCUCCUCUAUGCAAAGAACCUUCUUGGACAGAAUGGUUGUAUAAUAAGGUGCUGUCAAAUUUACUCUACUUCUAUGGCAUGUGUGGAGUGGUAAAGGAGUUAUUGAUUAAGCGGUACUUCAGCAAGGAAGUUUAUGGCCUUGCUCAAGUAUCAGGGUCAGAUAUAGUUCAGGCAUGUAGAAGAUCUUUGGAAGAGAGGCAGAGCUCAAAUGUAUGGCGGUUUCUUGAAGCAAUCAAUGGGAGACCUGACCUUACCAACGGAUUAAGAAAACUACAAUGUCGUUCGCUCAUCUUUGUCGGGGAUAACUCUCCAUUUCAUUCUGAGGCUCUCCACAUGACUUCUAAUCUAGAUAGACGAUACAGUGCUUUAGUAGAGGUUCAGGCUUGCGGGUCAAUGGUGACAGAAGAGCAGCCCCAUGCCAUGUUGAUACCAUUGGAGUACUUCCUAAUGGGAUAUGGCUUGUACAGGCCAUCUCAAGUAAGUGUCAGCCCAAGGAGCCCCUUGAGUCCCUCUUGCAUUGCCCCGGAGCUUCUUUCACCUGAAAGUAUGGGCUUGAAGUUAAAACCAAUUAAAACUCGAAUUUCUCUGCAAGUUUGAAUGAAAGAUCAAAAUGGGUGUAGAAAAAUGGUUUCUUGUAAUGUAUUUUAUCAUAGGGGGUGUUUGGAUGGGCUGGAUAAGUGAGAGGUUAAUAUGUGGUGUUGUGUAGAUAGAGGGGAAAAAUAGAAGGAAGGAAGGCAUAUAUUUUCAUUCAUUAAUUUGUAGUAAUCACUCUGUUGAGGUGGGCUGAACAAAGUUGUCUGUAAAUCCUCAACCAAUCAUUCAUCAACGACAAACGAAGGAUAAUAAUAAGAAGAAUAAGCCUUGGAUGGUGGCUAUGCUUUUCUCA